AUGGGCUGCGAUCGUCGGUCCUCCGCGCGAGCCCGGCGCGCACCCGGCAAGCGGAUCCCGAGCGCGAACGCGGGUGGGAAGCGGCCGAGUUUUCGGGGCGCCCGGCUCCUCGACGAGUAUUGCGUUGGGCAGACGCUGGGCGAGGGCUCGUUCGGGGUCGUCUCCAGCUGCACGCACCGCUCAAGUGGGUCCGAGUACGCGGUGAAGAUGGUAGACAGGGUGGAGACGCCGGUGGACGAGAUUGAAAAGGAGGCAGCGUUGCUGGGGACUCUCAACCACGCGAAUAUCGUGAAGAUCCAAGGCGUGUACUACGAGAAGUGCUUCGUAUGCAUCGUCAUGGACAAGUAUAGCGGUGGCGACCUCGUGGAGGCCCUGCAGAGGCACAUGCAGCAGAAGGGCCCGAUCCAUUGCCAGGACCUCGUGCACGUGUCGCGGCAGAUGGGAGCCAGUCUCCAGUAUCUGCACAUGAAGUCGACCAUCCACCGGGACAUCAAGGGCGACAAUUACCUCAUGGAUCGAAGAGACGUGACGGACCCAGGCUGCAAGGUGGUCCUCACCGACUUCGGCACCGCUUGCCACGUAGCCAAGGGCGAGCGGCUGAGCACCGCCGCGGGCACCCAGCUUUUCUGGGCGCCCGAAUUCUUCGACGGGAACUACGGGCUCAAGGUGGACGUGUGGGCGCUGGGCAUCACCAUGUACGGCCUCGUGAGCGGCCGCUUUCCCUUCGCCGACGAGAGCGACAUCCGCACGAGGGAGCCGAUGAUGUCGAAGCGGGUUCACCAGGCCUGCCAGGAUUUCAUCAGGAAAGCGAUCGCGAAGAAAGAGGCCGCACGAAUAUCCGCAGACCAGGUGAUGGCGCACAGAUGGGUCGGCCACGGCGUCGAAGAGGCGGAGGUGAGCGCUCAUCGCACCAUUAGCGAUGCCGCGGACGAUGACGGCCAGAUCCAGGACAUGAGGAUCGACGACGCGGACGACGGCAUCAAGGAGAGGCGGCAAGAGCUGAUCGACAGGUUGAACGAGGAGCACGAAAUCAAAUCCAGGACCAGCGCGGAGAGUUUAGGUGCCAGUUCGAAAGACCGUGGAAGCGUGAGCGAGCAGAAACAGUCGGCCCACGUUGAUGGGAACAAGUUCGCCUUGAGAGACAAGAUGAACAACCGCAUGGUAUACGAGUGGUUUGACAAGGCAAGGCAGCGGGACAUUGACGAGUGGUUCCUCAAGGGAAAGCCAUAUUCCGAGUCGCUGCUGAAGGAGAGCGGCACCGACCACAAGAUAUUCUCCAACAUGCUGAGGGACCACAAGAUUGAUACCAGCGCGUUCGGUAAGGGGAAGGCAAAGACCUUGCCACAGCUGGCUGCGGAGGUCGACGGCGGAGCGGCCCUGCUCAUGCUCGACGCCACCGAGCACAAAAAGUUGGUGCGCGUGUGCGACGUCGUGGUGCUCAAGCUCAAGAGUGACGGCGGCGAGCGCAUCCUCAUCGAGACGGAGGAGGAGUUCUGCGACGGCCGCAGGCGUGCCACCAACUGGUUGCCAGGCGCGACGAAGGAGCCUUAUGAGAACACGCGGCAGGUUGCCGAAAGGAUCCUCAAGGAGUUCCUCAAGCUCGACCCCAAGGGCGUGGAGUUGGACCUGCGCGGUGUCGAACGGGUAGAGGAGGAGAACGAGUCUAUCUG